AUGAAUGUAAAAAAGACCAGACAAACCAAACAGUCUUUUUUCUUUUUUAAAAUAUAUAAAAACAUUGAAAUGUCGUUAAAUUUUAUGUUUCGAUACAACUUGAUAUUUUAUAUUAUGAAAUUACUGCUAAUUGUCUUGAUAUGCACUUUACUUUUAUCAGUUGACGCAAAGAAGUCGAGCCGUCGUGUAAUCAAAACCAAUAAACCCACAAAAAGUCGACGAAUUUCGAAACCAUCCAGUCGAGGCUCUUCAAAAAAAGUUCAAAAGAAGAGGAAAAUCUUUUCAACUCCAAAGCGUUCAAAAUUUCUUUUAAAAUCCAUUGUCAAAAAACCUUCAAUUACUAAGAAGAGCAAAGCAAGUUUUACCACUAAGAAGAAAACGAGUUUAAAUCGAAGAAAAGCGACUUUCACUGAUAUAAAAAGAACACAAAAGAGCUUUAAAAGUCGACAAAAUGGAAUUAAGCAAAACACUAAGAAGUUCACAUCAAAACUUUCUUUAAAACAAAAACUGCGACUUAGACAGCCAAAGACCACUGCAAAUGAUAUACUGAAAAUGCAAGGAAAAAAAUCAAACACUCAAUCACACAAGAAAAAGGAGAAAAAAGUUUUAGUAACACCCAAAAAUGUGAAUAAAAUAUUUUCAAAGGUUAAAGACGUCUUUAGUAAAAACACAAAAAAAGCAAAAAAGGCACUUGAAAAAUUCCAGAGCAAAUUAGGCCUAAAACCCACCGGAACAGCCGACAAAAAAACUCUUUCAAAACUUGUCGACUUAGCAAAUGGCAAAUUAAAAGUCGCCAAAAGCACUGUAAAAAAAGCACUUGAAAAAGUUAAAAAUAAAAAAGAAAAAUUUAUAUCGGACAUCAAAGAGAAGGUAGAAGACGCAAAAGGCUUUGCCACAAAAGCUACACAAAAAGUGACUGAGAAGAUGAUGAAUUUAAAAGAUCGAUUAAAGACUGUUCAGAAUCAGAAGAAAUCUCUCGAGAAGAAGUUUUUCGAUACAACCAAAAACAAGAUUGACAAAAUGAGAGGCAAAGCGAAAUCCGUUUUUAAGACUAUUGAAGAUAAAAUCAAAAAGAGUGAAAAAGGGACAAAAAAACAAGCCAAAACCUUUGUAAAAAAACUCAAAGAAAAAAUCACAAAAAAAGUGAAAGGAAAAAUCGAAACUAUUGAAGAUAAGCUCAAAACUAAAUUAAAGGAACUAAAAGAAAAAAAAGAGAAGAAUGAAGGACUUACCGACAAUGGAACGGGAAAAAACGAAAAUAGUAAAGAUGAUAGUAAAAAUACUAUUAACGAUGGUAUUAAUGUGAAUAGUUUAGAUAAUGCUAACUCAUUAGCUGAUCCAACACUACCGACAUCUCCUUCAAAGCCUUCAUCUAAUAAUUCGCCCAGUUCUAAUACGAGAUCUCCAUCUAAUAAUUCGGGGAAAUCUCCAUCAAGUGGAUCGACGUCUUCUCCUGCUCCUUCUCAAGCGUCAGACACAAAUCCUUCAGCUUCGGGCACUUCUCCGACUCCUUCCGAAGAGAGUGGAAGUGCCAAAAUUCCGGAAGAUCCAUCUGGAACAUCAGGGUCAUCGACGGAUACUCCCACGCCCGUUAAUCCGAAUGCUGGAGGAUCCCCGUCGUACCCUUACUACACCAAAGGCGCUUCAGUUGAUUCAAGUCCGCACCCACCUUGCGAAUCCCAAACUCGGUGUUAUGAGGAAGUCUUCUUCUAUCAGUGCGACUCGCGAUGGAAGAGUAAGAUGUACUCUUCGCGCAAUGAUAAGUCGAACACGGUGUGUACAUCAGGGUGCGGGCCUACGAGUAUGGCUAUGGUCGUCGCGACGUUGGCGGACAGAAGCGUUACACCGGCGACUCUGGCAGACUACUCGAUGGCGAAUGGAUGGAAGGACGAUAGCUAUGGGACAGCAUGGGCGUUGUUCCCGGCCGCAGCGAAGAAGUAUGGACUGAACUGUAAACAAUAUAGCUGCGGAGAUAUGACGAAUAUUAAGAAAAUGGUCGACAGUGGAGGAAUUGCUAUUGGGUCAAUGAAAGCUGGACAAUGGACAACGGGCGGACACUUCAUCACUAUUAACUCAUUCGACGGAAACACUAUUUGGGCUCAUGACCCUAACUGGAAAACUGGAAAGAAAAUCACACAGGAGGCGAGCCAAUUCACUAAAGAAUGCAAAACGGUGUUUGUUAUCUGGAAAUGA